GGAGGAGGAGGAGAGAGAGGCGAGCUAAGGAUCAUUGAUUCACCGCACCAUCGUUUCAAACAUCCCAGAAUAAUAACAACCACAAAGAGCCAGAGCUGCUGCUCCUACAGAGAGAGAGGACAUGAGGAGACGAGGACAUAAGGAGACGAGGAGAACAUGAGGAGACGAGGAGAACAUGAGGAGACGAGGAGAACAUGAGACGAUGAAACAGGGAAAUGAGGAGAUGAGGAGAUGAAGAGAUGAGGACAUGAGGACAUGAGGAAGGACACCAGGGUCUCAGAGAGAAAAAACUGAGCGAAACUAAGCCAGGGUUUAAAGGUCUUUGUGGAAAAUGUCGGAGCAGCAGAGGAGACGGAGGGAUGAAGAGGAGGAGAGAGGAGGACGAGGAGGAGGCUGAAGGAGAUUCAUGAGGAUUCACACGUUCACCUCUCUGUGGAUCGUCAUUUUCAAAAAGUGUCAACACGAGAUUUCUCUGGAUUCAGACAAAACUGGAGGAUUAAGUUCAGUCUGCUGAAGUUUGAGGAAAUAAUCUCCAGACCAGAUUUAUAUCAGCUGGACGAGACGAGGACAAGGACGAGACCAGGACGAGACCAGGACGAGACCAGGACGAGACGAGAAAUUUAGCAAAAAUAAGCUUCAUAUUUCUUUUAUUUUCUUUCUUUUCGUCUCAUUUUGUUUUUUUAUUCACAAACAAACUGUGGAUGACAGAAGGAAGGAAGGAAGGAAGGAAGGAGGGAAGGAAGGAAGGAAGGAAGGAAGGAACACAUCUGCGUCAUUGAAAACACCUUCCAGUCAAACUUCUCCUCAGGUUCAGACUGAGAGACAAGCGUGAACGUAUUAAUGUUCACACGUUCACAUGUAAAAACAGACGUGUGAUUAAUCAUUCAUUAGAAACACGAUCAAUACAAAUGAACGAAAACACAAGAACGCUAAAAAAACAACCUAAAAGCUGCUGAAGUCUGACCUGUUUUUCACAAUAAAAGCCUAAAAACAUUUUCACUAAAAAAUCAUAAAUAUUUGAUUAAAGUUAAAGCACAACAUUUUUCCAAAUUAAUAAACAAAUUAUUACAUUUUUAAAAAGCACACAUUUAAAAUAAAAGCACAAAUUAUUGCAACAAAAAAUCGAAAAUUUUCUCUGAGUGAGCACAAAGUUUUCUGUGAUUUACAAAUUUUUACACCGAUUUAAAACAAAAUGAAUCAUUAAAAUCUACAUAACUCAAAGGAGCAGCCAGUAGGUGGCGCUCUCUCUGAGUUUUGUCAUUUUGUUAUCACAAGUUUGAAAAAGUGUUGUUUAACUUCCUGCUUCAGGUUUUGGUUCAAAAUUUUAAAACAAAUUUAAAAAACGUUUUAUAUAUUGUUAUUUUUAUUUGGUGAUAUCAUUUUGGUAAAUUCAGGUGGGUUUUUUUUCUUAAUUUUCUUUUCUUUUAAAUCUUAUGUUAAUUAGAAGAAAACAAUACGUCACCAAUGGUGAAUAUUUGUCUAAAAGCGUUAAUUUAAAUCAUGAUGUUGCUCAAGGCUCAACUCUGGGCCCGCUCACUUUUUUAAGUUUCUUUACAGUGUCGUCAGCUGUUUCUGAUGUUGCAAAAGCAAUGUAUCUACUAAAGGGAUGACAACCAGCUGCUGGGUAGAACAGCCAACAGGUGGCGCCCUCUGUCAGUGAAAUACAACACUUAGAGAUAUAUUUAGUCUGAAAAACAGUUUAACUUUAUUUUGAAAUAAUAUUUAAAUUUUAGGUCGAAUUCAGAUCGAAUUCAUCAAACAUUUUUCUCUUUUUGUGAUUUUAUUUUGGUGAAUUCAGAGCUCAGCGGAUGUUUUGUUUUGUUUGUACGUUAAUAAAAUAAGACUUUCAUUGAUACAUAUUUAUCUAAAAGCUUAAAGUUAAACUGUGGUGUUCCACAAGGCUCGACUCUGGGCCCGCUAUUGGUCAACGUGUAGUUCUCGCUAAAUAACACGAACUGUCAAACCAGAACAGGAUAAAUAUAAAUAUAAAUAUAAACAGGAAGUGUUAAAGUGAGGUCAUCAGAAAAAUCUCAGAUUUUAGAGAUUUUUCUGUCACAUUUCCGAUGUUUUAUUAAAAAAGAAUUUUAUCAAUGUUUCAUUUAAAAUGAAAUGUGAAAAAAAACUUUAAAAUAAAAUUUAUUUCCAUGAGAUUUUUAUUCUAUUUGAUGAAUCAAAGAAAUGUUUGUUUACACACCAACUGGUUGGCACGGUGACGUGAGUCGCACUUUCAUCCCUCCAUCAGCGCGUCUUUAUCUUUUCCAUCUUUUGACAUUUUAAAUCUUUUACCUCGUCCUUGUCUCCGUCCCCGUCUUUGUCCCCGCAGCAGCAGCGCCUGCGUCUCCACGGAUACAAGACGCUUUCAGCAGGAGGAGAAGAAGAAAGAUCAAAACAGGAAGUAACAUCUGUUUGUGAUAGUGGAUUCAAUGAAAGACAGAAACUUGCGGGCGUUCCUUUAAAGUGCUGACACAGAGCAUCUUCUUCAUCACAUGACCUCCGGGUCAAAGGUCAGAGGCCAACACAGCGAGGACUGACCUGAGACAGGGAAAGGUCAAAGGUCAGAGGCCAUCAUGGGCUGCAACAUGUGUGUGGUGAAGCGACAGGAGGAGCAGUACCGGGUCAUGCUGCAGCAGAAAGGCUGGAUUCAGUCCCUGCGGCCGUUGGACAGAAAUGGAAACAUGAAGGUCCGAGGACGGAGGACAUCUCAGCCUCCGUUAGACAGACCACAAAACUCCCAGGAGCCUUUGCAGCAACACAGCUCAGUGCGUAAGAGUCACAGGAAGAAAGGUACGCUUGUGUGCAGCGGAAACGGGACCAGAAGCUCCUCCCUCUCCUCUGUUGCCAUGGUGGCGAUUCCCAACUGUGUGGACAACGCCACGCAGACGGACAUCAGCUUCCAGAACAUUGUGACCACGGGGAGGAGCAGAGGUCACAGAGGAGGCUCUUCCUCCUCCCCUCCACCACCUCCCCCUUCUCCUCCCCUCCCUCACCUCCAGGGACCGUACGGCAUCAGUGAAUUCUGCGUGUUUGAGUACAACGAUCCCAACGACUACUUUGACGUCUCGCAUCACGAGGUGGACAGACAGGACGACCUGGAGUACGAGGAGGUGGAGCUGUUCAAGUCUAGUCAGCAGGAGAAGCUGGGUCUGACCGUGUGCUACAGGACAGAAGACGAGGACGACCUGGGCAUCUAUGUCGGAGAGGUGAAUCCAAACAGCAUCGCAGCUAAAAACGGACGAAUCAGAGAAGGCGACAGGAUAUUACAGAUAAACGGAGUGGACAUUAACAACAGAGAAGAGGCCGUCGCCAUUUUGUCCAGAGACGACAGCAUCAACUUCUCUCUGCUGCUGGCUCGACCGGACACUGAGAAUGAAAAUCCUGCGGAAGACGACAUGGACGUGGACGUGGACACGACUCUGACUCUGGAGGACGGUCUUUUCCAGACUAACCCUCAAGCCUCAGUCUGCUGCCUCAACUCAGCUCAUGUCCCUGGGUACUAUCGUCUCCACCGAGACAGAGGACGAGGAGGACGAGAGGUGGAAGUGGAGGAUGAAGACAAUGAAGACGACGGAGACAGAGGAGAGAAGGAGGACAGGGAGCCGCCCGUCCCCCUCCCUCCUCUGCUGAGUCUGGCUCCACUUCUGUCCAACAGCCAGGAGCUGGACAGCGGCGUGGGACGCACGGACGACAGCACCCGCUGUGAGGAGCUGUCUGAGCAGGAUCUGCAGGGAGAGCAGACCAGCGCCUGUAACUCCAGCACCACCAACACACCGGGCAGCACCAGGAAGUUCAGAGCAGGACCCAGUCCCAGACCGAGUCCCAGACCGAGUCCCAGACCGAGUCCCAGACCGAGUCCUAGACCCAGUCCUGGUCUCGGUCCAAGCCCCAGACCAAGCCCCAGUCCGGGUCAUGGACGUGGAGACACCACGCCCCCUUUCCUCCACCUGCGAGACCUUCAGCUCAGCUCAGACUCUCUGCCCGGCCUCGACUGGACAGCAGGGGGCGGGGCAGGGGGCGGGACUGUGUGCAGCCCUCACCACCACCACAAGCACUUCCACCACCAUCACCACCAGCCGCCGCUGACCAUGAUGAUGAUGAUGAUGCCGGGCCUGACGGAGGAAGAGUGUCAGCGAUACCAGGAGCUGCUGGAGGUCAAGUGUCAGUACGAGAGACACAACAACAAACAGCAGAGAGACGCGGCAACCAAAGGUCACAAGGUCGCGGCUGAGGACGAGGGGCGGGACGAGGAGGAAGAAGAGAGGGAGGAGGACGCCACAGCUUCUUCUUCUUCUGUGGUGGACUUGAACUGCAACGAGACCUUCAGCGAGCACGAGAUGGCGCUGAUCGAGGAGGAGCUGCGCCACCUGGAGUUUAAGUGCCGCAAUAUUCUGCGAGCACAGAAGAUGCAGCAGCUCAGAGAGAGAUGUCUGAAAGCCUGGAUGAUGGAGGAGGAGACGACGGCGGCAGGAGCAGCACGGACAGAAGCCGAAAUGGUUAACGAUGAAGAGGACGAUGAAGAGGACGACCCUCACCAUCACGAGUUGUCGGCCAUCAACGAGCUCCCGGAGCGCGAGCGCUCAGACGACAGAGACAGCACCAGCGCCUACAACACGGGAGGAGAGAGCUGCCGCAGCACGCCGCUCGUCAGCACCGAGAAGAUCCCGCCUCUUCAGGAGGAGGAGGCGGAGGAACGCGAGAGAGGACGGCGACGGCUCAUGUCUCCGCCCCCUCUCCUCCCCCCUCUGAGCUCCCCGCUAACGCCGCGGCGUCACAGGCGUGACAAAGAGAGACGUCACUCCAACCUCAGCUGCUCCUUUUCCCCGAGCAGCUACAGGAAGUACGACGUGACUGGUUCAGGCGGGGCCAGUGGCUCAAGCUCCACCCCCUCCACACCGUCAAAGUUCAGAUCGUUGACCAGAGAGGCGGGGUCAUCUUCAAGAAGGAGUGUGGCUGAUAGAGGGCAGGGCUCCAGAGCAGACGGAGCCCCCACCAGGCCUGGAGGUGGAAGUGCAGAGUCCAGUCCUUACUUCAGCAGACGACACCACAGUCCACUAGAGCGAUACCAGAGCUGCAUGGCCCUGCCCUCCGACACCCUCGUCGUCCCUCUGGACUGCGUGAGGGACAGAGCGAGGGCCGACGGCGAGGAGAGGGGGAGGGGCACGGGCAGUAGCGGACCGGCCAGUCCCAGGAGCGUAAACAGUGCCCCCUGUGGCCUGGAGGAGCGCCACACAAGUGCCUCGCGGUUAGGACUGGCCUUACCGCUCGCGUUGACGCAGUCGUCACCAACGACCUCGCCACAGCGUGUGGAGUGGAAGGUGAAGAUCCGCAGUGACGGCACGCGCUACGUGGCCAAGCGUCCGGUCCGGGAUCGUCUUCUGAAGGCCAGAGCCAUAAAGAUCAGAGAGGAACGCAGCGGCAUGACGACCGACGACGACGCCGCCAGCGAGAUGAAGCAGGGUCGAUACUGGAGCAAAGAGGAGAGGAAGCAGCAGCUGCUCCGAGCGCGAGAAUAUCGACGCAGGCGAGAGUUCAUGAUGCAAAGUCGCCUCGACUACCUCAGAGGAGACAGGGAACAUUCACCGUCCACAGGAAGUACACUGGAGCGCUGCUCCCCUCGCGGCGCUCGGCUCCGCCCCCAGCAAGAGUCGCUCAGCAACAGCAACAACAUUCUGUCAUUGAGUCAGAAGAAGGUGAUGAAGAAGAGGAACCGCAGAAUCCUGGACAACUGGAUCACCAUCCAGGAGCUGCUGGCUCAUGGCUCCAGGUCCCCGGACGGAAAGAAGAUCUACAAUCCACUGCUGUCUGUCACCACAGUGUGACAAGAGGACGAGGAGGACGAAGACAAGGAGGACGAGGAGGAGGACGAAGACAAGGAGGAGUACGGAGACGAGAAGUUCUCCUGAACUAAACAAACUAAAGUUCACUAAGACAAGUUUGACAAAUUUUUACUCUCAAUGACCUCGUCCUGGCAAUGAAUUAUGGGAAAAGACGGACAUUUGUGGACAUCCACGUGUUUAACGUACGUUGUUUAGUCUUCAGUGAAGGAACACGAGAUUCUCUACGACGUCUAUGAUCAUGUUUCUAAGUAGAGAUUAAAUUUAAAAUAAUUUCACAAUUUUUUUAAAUUACAGAACAUAAUUGAGUGAAUCCUUGACAUUUUGUAUUAAUUGUACGUUGUACUAAUGGUAUGUUCCAUUUUUAGUUGCAACUUGAGAUUUCCAACCCCGAUACAGCAUUCCAAGAUGGCUGCCACUCCUACUAACUCUUUACGUUAAUUUCACGUCUGUCGUGUUUGGUCCUGCGUUAAAUCAGUCGUGUUGUUAUCGACUGCUAAUGCUAACAACGACUAGCCAAGGACAUGCAGCAUGCAUCCAUGUUCCGAUAUAAAUGGACAUUGGACACAGAGAGAGGCACUGGGUCCUCUGAGCUCAUGACGUCAAACACAUCGACAUGUGUGAUUGGUCGCUGGUUAGCUUAGCAUAGCGCUAGCACACUCUGGUAGUUUUAGCGACAAAGUGACUUCAGCUGUGACAUAAACUGAGGACAACGUGAGGACAAAGCUUCUGGACGGACGCCCCCUGGUGGCAGACGGUAGUACAGGUCAUAAUCAAACCAGACACAGUCACAUGAUUCGUUUACGUAAAAAACAAAAAAGUUAUUUAUGAAAUAAUUAUUAUUGAUACAUAAAUGAUGUUUAAUAUUCAACACAUUUUUUUUACUUCAUUAUUUACGUAAGUAACAUUUGUACUGCGUCGUGUUGAGCGUGGUUUUUUUUCUCCGUGGCUGCAGACGAGUUCACGGACGACGGCGACGGUGUGAGUUUGUGUGAAAUAUUAAUGAUAAAGUGCAUGACUUACAUAUUGAACUUUGUGGAUUAAUCCUGAAUCUAAAGUGACGUAGAGAACAAAACUUUGUAUUUAGUGGUGAAAGACGUGAAAAAUAAAAAUCAAGUGACAUUAAA